AUGGAGGUUGGCGAAGAACAAUUACUUCGUACAAAAAUUUGUUCUGAAAUGCAAUGGUUGUUCCUCACACCUGGAGGAACAAAAGAAUGGCUUCCAAUAUGCCCUAAUGAGUUGAAACCAGCUAUAGGGAUGAAGUUUAAUAAUCUUGAAGAGGGCCUUGAAUUUUAUAAAAGAUACGCAUUUGCUGCUGGAUUCAACACAAGAAAGUCUACAACUAAAAGGCAAAGAAGAAGCAAAGAAUUGAAAUCACAGUAUAUCUUAUGCAAUAGAGAAGGAUACAAAGAGAAAAGAAAGCCUACUGUUGAAAAAGAUUUAAAUAACAACGAAGGAGAAAGCAAUGAAGAAAAAACUUCAAUCAAAAGGAAGAGACUCGUUACUCGUGUUGGGUGCAAGGCACAUAUUAUCAUAAAGCAUUGUGAUGAUAACAAAUUCAUAGUGUCACAAUUUCAUGAGGGACAUACUCAUCCACUUUAUAAACCUAGUUGCAAUCUCUUCCAAAAAGAAGGAAGAAAAAUGAACAUAUUGCACAAAAGAACAAUUGUGAAUAAUUCUAAGGUGGAUAUUUGUCCAGUUACAACUUUUCGAAUGUUGAAGGAAAUUGUUGGAGGAUAUGAUAACAUUAGUGCAUCUAAGCAAGAUUUCAAAAGUUUUCAUAGAGAUUUGAAAGCAUACAUUCAAGGAAGUGAUGCUCAAAUAGCAUUAUGGGCUGACCCCCUUUGUAAAAAGAGUUACGCUCUAUUUGGUGAUAUGUAUAAUUGUUUGCUUAUUUCACAAAUGAGCAUUGACUUAUUUGCUCAUUUCAGAAAUGAGCAUUCAAUUAUUUGCUUAUUUGACAAAAAAGCAAACAAUUUAACUAUUACAAACUGUGAGUGCGUGUACAACAUGGUGUUUACUCCAUUUACAGGGGUUGACCAUCAUAAGAGCUGCAUUACUUUUGCUGUUGGUUUCAUAGCAAAGGAAGAUACAGUGUCAUUUGAGUGGUUGUUCAGAUUAUUUCUCAAGGCAAUGGGUGGAAAUGAACCGAAUUGUAUGAUUACAGAUCAAGAUCCAGCAAUGAAAAUUGCUGUCAAAAGUGUGUUUAACAAGACCGAACAUCGCUUCUGUAUGUGGCACAUAAUGAAAAAGUUACCAUAUAAGGUGGAGAAAUCAAUCAUGCAAGAAGAAACUGGUUUCCUAAAAAAAUUAUGUGCUUGUGUUUGGCAUCUUGAAAUUGAACCUGCUGAGUUUGAAGAAAGGUGGAACAAGGUGAUGGUUGAAUACCACUUGGAAGAACAUGAGUGGUUACGUUAUAUGUACAAGAUAAGGAACAAGUGGAUUCCGGCGUAUUUCAGAGAUGUGUUCCUUGGAGGAAUAAUGCGUACAACAUCAAGAUCCGAAAGCGAAAACAACUUUUUCUGCUCCUUUAUCAAUCCUCAUGUGUCACUUGUUGAGUUUUACUUGAGAUAUGAAGCUGCAAUUGAUGCCCAGAGACACACUCAAGGUCAAAAUGAUAACGAUUCAAAGCACAAAUAUCCUGAGUGCAAAACACCACUAGGGAUAGAAAAGCAUACGUCACAUUUAUAUACUAACUCUGUCUUUUAUGAAUUUCAAUAUGAGGUUGAAAUUGCUUGUUUUUCUUGUGGUGUUGAUGCAUUGAAGAAAGAAAAUGGAUUGGAAGUUGCAAAAACAUAUGAUUUGGUUUGGAAAGCAAAAAGGUUUGAAACCAUUCCUGAACAGUAUAUGCUACACAGAUGGACUUCUAUGGCACUGAAAAAACCAAUUUUUGACUUGGGUGGAAACCUGUUGGAGCAAUGUGCUAAUUUAAUAUACAAGAAAAAAUUAUUAAAUGAUUUAUGGUCAGAGAUACACACUUGUGAUUUGGAGGCUAAGAGGAUUGCAAGGAAUAAUGAAACAACAGGAAGUGCAAACAACAAAGGACAAGACAUUGAGCUAUUGAUUGGAGCUAGUGUGCCAACUGAAAUAAUUGUCAAACCUCUAAAAAUUUCAAAGAAUAAAGGGACUGGAGUUCAUGUAUCAAAUGUAGAGACUUCAAAAGAGAAAGGGGCAAAAAUUGAUGUGCCAAAUGUUGAAACAAGAGGUAGAAGUGCAAAAAGGCUGAAGGGAGAAAAAGAAAAGGCUGUACAACAAAACCAGAAAAAGAAGAGAUUAUGUAGAGGUUGUGGUGAAUUGAGUAAUCAUGAUAUUAGAAAUUGUCCAAACAAAGUAUAA